GCUUGAGUUCGGUAGGUGGUUGGAACCCUCUUGGGCGCCGGCGCGGCGAGAGGGGCGACUGCAACCCGGCCAGACGACACGCGGCCGCCCUAACGAGCACUCCCGCCCACCACCAGCUCGCGAUCGCGCGCGAUCUAAGAAUCACAAUUCUGCAAAUCGCACUUCGAUUCGAGCCCAUUGUUACAUGACAAUAGCGAGCUGUGUAAAUAAAUAAACAUUCACCAGAAAAGUUUGCAUUGGAUUGACGUUUGUGGAAAUUUGUUUUCGAUUCGUGUGUAAAUAACUGUUGAGUUUGAAGACUUUGAAGGACUUUAGUAGUCGCUAGUUUUUGAAGGAGGUCUAGAAAAGCCGGCAAGCUGUAUUCCUUCGACAGUUUCAAGGAGUAUGGGUAUGACGACGACAGGUGCAAUGGGCACGAUGACGAUGGCUUCGGCACCGCCAAGAGAAGCGUGACAAUGAGAGAAAAAAGGGGAGGCGCAAUGAGCAAAAUGCAAAAGCUCAGGAAGCGCCUAUCCCUUAGCUUCGGUAGAUUAUCAACUAAAGACGAGCCGGACGGGGACGCCAGCGAGUGCCGCGGGCGGCAGAACGGCGAACGCGGCAAGCUCACCUACAACGGCUACUCCGAGGAGUGCCUCGACCGGCUCGAGCCCAACGGGAACAUACCGCACGACAAGGACUCGCAUUACGAAUGGAGUAGCGGUGCCAACGGGGAGUACCGGGUACGGAGACAACUGUCAGUCUCGUCGGACUCCAAACUAUUGGACGAGGGGGCCCGGGAGGACGCGCGGGUAGUCAUGAGGCCGAAACGGCCCCCUAGACCCAAGUCCGAGGCGUUCCUCGCGCACGACCACUCCAACCGACGCACGAAGCGGUUUAGUGCCUUUGGGGGCGACUCUCCGUUCGGCAAAUCCGAAGCCUACAUAAAGCUGGAGCAGCUCGGGGAGGGAUCCUACGCCACCGUUUAUAAGGGGUAUAGCAAUUUAACGCAACAAGUGGUAGCACUGAAAGAGAUCCGACUACAAGAAGAAGAAGGCGCGCCGUUCACCGCCAUCAGGGAGGCGUCGCUACUCAAAGAGCUCAAGCACGCCAACAUCGUCACCCUACACGACAUCGUGCACACCAGGGAAACUCUCACGUUCGUGUUCGAGUUUGUGGACACGGACUUAUCGCAAUACAUGGAGAGGCACCCCGGUGGGCUCAACCACCACAAUGUCAGCCUCUUCAUGUUCCAGCUACUGCGGGGGCUGUCCUACUGCCAUAGGAGAAGAGUUCUACACAGGGACGUGAAGCCACAAAACCUUCUAAUAAGUUUACAAGGGGAGCUGAAGCUCGCGGAUUUCGGUCUGGCGCGGGCGAAGUCGGUGCCCAGCCACACAUACUCGCACGAAGUCGUCACGCUGUGGUACAGGCCACCGGAUGUCCUACUAGGCAGCACAGAGUACUCGACGUCGCUAGACAUGUGGGGCGUUGGCUGCAUAUUCGUGGAGAUGCUGUGCGGCGUGCCCACCUUCCCCGGCGUGCGCGACACGCACGACCAGCUCGACAAGAUAUUCAAGGUCGUCGGAACCCCAACCGAAGAAAGCUGGCCGGGCGUCUCCCGGCUCCCCGGCCUCCGCUCCCACAUAGCCCGAUGGGGCACCUGCCCCGCACGGUCACUCGGCGCCGCCUUCCCGCGCCUAAGAGACGGCGGAAGGAACGCCGAGCGACUCGCCGCCGCGUUACUACAGCCCGACCCGAGGAGAAGACUGGCGGCGCCGCGGGCGAUACACCACAGUUACUUCGCGCAUCUACCGCCGCGGCUCAACGAGUUGCCUGAUGAAAUAUCGAUAUUCACAGUGGAGGGUGUCGCGCUCUACCCGGAGUCGCGGUACAAGCCUAGUCUCGAAAUCAAGUACAAGUAGCGCCGGUCUGCCGUCUGCGAACAUGAUUGAGAGGUAUCAAUAUUCACAGUGGAAGGCGUGGCGCCGUGCUCGGAAACGCGGCACGUCGUCAAGUGAGCCACCAAGCCUAGUUCAAUCCGUUCUGUUCUGCCGCGCCCCACACGUGCGAGCGCGGACCCUAGCGUAGGCAAGUUUCAAUUCCUAUAGUUUUAAUCGACAGAAAUAUGGUUGACUCGUAUUCGGUGGACCAACGUUUCGUGAUGUCUAGGUUAGGAGCCGACGAACGGGCAUCGAAUGCCGGGCAGUAUUCGUUCCGACCCGAGGCGUAUUAUUUGUCGAUCCGACGAUUGUUUGUCGAAUAUUAUAUUAGCGCUUGUUAAGCUUCUAACGUAAUAUCCAUCCAUAUAAUUCAAUUAUUCUAUGGUGACAAGGUAAACUGAUAGGUAUCGAGUGUAUGAAUUUAAUGUAUAAAUAUAUAAACAGAGCAGUGUGCCAUAUACCUAUAGGUAGGUAUAUCUAUAAUUGAGAAGAGUAUGACGUGUUAUUUUAAAAGAUUUUUAUGCUGGAUAUAUGCUCAUAAUUUGAGAAAAAUUUUGAAGAUGUUUAUUUAUAUUUACAAAAUGGAUAAUAUCGAUGUGAUUUAACUCUUGAUGCACUGUUCAAUGCUAAUCCUAUUAAAACGCGGGGCCGUCAAAUCUAUCAACAUACCGAGCGAUAUAAACUCACGCAACAAAUAGCAAAACCAUUUGCGCAUGGCGUUUUUCUGUCGCACUAUUACCCUGUUUUAUUUCUACUAAUUUCUAACUAUGCCAUACUAGCGGUUUAAAAGUAAGCGUGUCUCAGAAAAACGCCAUGUAUCAAAGGUGUAAGGAAGCAAAGGCCCCGCGGCACCCUGGCUGUCUAAGUCUUAUGCACACUCAUUCCUUCCACGGUGCUCAAAUAGUUUGAUAGGGUCGGGGUGGUGGCGUCACAACACGCUAGCUUCGCCACGCACCCGUCUUCGGUUGCGGGCUGCGAGUCGCUCCAGUGAUACAAUGUGAAUUGAACGGAGAUAGCUUAUCUAUUACCAAAAUUUGUAUAAUAUCACGACAGAUCUCAAAUUUAUGAUGUGUGGGACCGUCCUACUGUAAAUUGUGAUAGGGGAUUUGACGAUUUGUAAAAACUAUACUAAAUUUAAUACCUUUGUUCUGUUGAUGAGAGAGUUAGGCGUAGAUAAAAUGUAGUUUCCGUCUUGCUUGAAGACUAGUGAAUUAACCAGUUUAGUCGAAUUUUAGGUCCCUCACGGUAAGGAUAGGAGUGCGAAGGUAGUACGCACCGGCACAUUGGCAGCGCGCAUUAGUACAAACCUACUUUUAAAUAAUCGAAUGUAAGGACUGAAGAUCACAGCUAUGGCCGAUCAGUGUGGAAGUGUUACGCAUAGAUACUGUAAGCACUUGCCCACUAGUUCUACGAUAGCUGGGGAUCCGAGUCGAUACUUAUAUGUAAAAGAAUGCGACGCCCAAUCGUCUUGUCUAGUUUAGUGAAUUUUUAAUAACGUCUGUGAUUAAAAGUAGAGUUUAGGCCAAUUAAGCAGUAACACCAAUUUGUGCCAACAGUUUAAACGCUUAUAAAUAUCCGGUAUUUCUAUCUCAAGACGCUCCGGGGGUCGCAUUCGGGUCCGUUUCUUAUUUGCCUCGGCGGGCGUCCCUCACUCGACAAAAUAUGUAAAUCUAGUCCAGCGGUCGCCCGACGUCGCCGCGGCAAAUAUGAAAAUGGCCUUAUUGACUUAAAUAGCAAUAAAGUCGCUCUCGGCUCUUGUAAAUUAAAAGUAGGAGUUGUCGUUACGUAUUAAGUUGUAAAUCCGUAGCUGUGUUUGUAUCGCAGCGUCAUUAGAUAACUUAAAUAUACCAUGCCUUGUACGACAUAAGUUUCUUAAAGAACCAAUGUCUAAUUCGCAAAACACUGCCAAUAAAAACAAGCUGAUAGAAAGGUAACCGAGUUGUCAGUGUGGCCGGAACAUCUAUUGAGCGUAGAUCAAAUUGUUAGCGUAGAAUACUUUGUACUGAGCUUUAGAUACUUCUACGAUUUCAGCGCAGCGGGGCAGGCGCUAAUAAAAACACAACUCUAAGCUAUACACAUGCUCGGUUCAAUUGUACAAACAGUAUGAAAGCUUGGUUCACAAUGCUGCCUGUACAGAGUGGGUUGCUAAAUCCCAAAUCCAGUUUGUCUAGGAACAGUUUGACUGCACAGUUCCAACUUUAACCACAGACUGCCUGUGAGCCGCAUACUGAUUGUACUAAAGUUAAAUGUCAAAUGUACGUGAGAGAGUUAAAGAGUGUCCAGUCACAAACCCGCCGCCCCGCGCGCGUCUCAAAAUCGGUUCCGAACACCAAAAUAGUACGUAAAUUGUAUAGUUCGUGAAACGCAAUAUGUUCAGUGUAAAUGAUUUGUUGAAUUUUUACCUAAGUUAAAUAUAAGGAGAGAGGCAAAGUAAAUAUUUCACCCGUUGAGUGAGGCACCGCACCUCGUGCGUCAACUUGAAUAUAAAUGUGUAAUACACGGAGCAUUUAUAUGAGGGAUAGUGAAAAUUCUAUUGUAUAAUAAUAAUUUGCAUUUGUAUAAUGAAGAACUGAUGUUGAUGUCGUGGCUACGGAACGAAUUGUGUAAAUAGAAGUAAAGGAUUAGUUGUUACAGUUUGGUUCACGACUGUCCUAUGAGUUGCCAUUGCGUUGCCCCGCGGGCCCUGAGAUUCCGUUUAGGUACUAUGUUUAUCUAGACUGUAAUUCUUAUUAUUUCACUUUAAUUUGUCCUGCUGAUCCAGUUUAUGACAUUUUAAUAAUUUUUAAGUCGGGUUCCCAAUGCGGCGCACGCUACGCACGAUUACAUCAAAUAUAAGCUUAAGUCCAGGCCACACCGGAUGCGUAUGCAAGGCUCUGUGCAUAGUAGAGUCGCCAUCGUAUAUUGGAGCGGCCAAGGUGCUGAAAUAUAUCAAAACAUGCACUUUAACGUCUUGAUCAGAUAUUUGUGAACACCUUGACCGCUCCGAUAUAUUUGAUAGUGUCUGUACAUGGCUUUCGUUGCGUGCCGCAUUCGGUUCAAGUACAUAUUGUAAAGGUAGCCGGCUGCGAUACGCUUGCUGUGUGUAUCGGCAUUCAGAUGGCUACAAUCAGUAGCAUGCGCGGUGAGCGCCGCAGUGGGAUCCCGGCCAUAUGUAAUAAACAAUGUGCUUUUACUCUUUUAAAAGAAUGUAAAUACGAUAUUUGAACUGAUAAUAAUAAAAGUUUUUAUUUCUUAAUGAA